AUGGCGCAGACAAAGUUCCCAGCUGCUCUGCAGCUGACAGAGGCCGAUACGCAGCUCAUGCUUGCAGCAUCGACGCACAUUGGUGCUCGCAAUUGCGACACACAGAUGAAGCCAUAUGUCUGGAAGCGUCGCUCAGAUGGCAUCCAUAUCAUCAAUAUCGGCAUCACCUGGCAAAAGCUCGUCCUCGCUGCAAGGAUCAUCGCAGCAGUUGAGAAUCCGCAGGAUGUGGUCGUGAUCUCCUCAAGACCGUACGGACACCGAGCGGUAUUGAAAUACGGCGCCGCGACAGGUGCCCAAGCUAUCGCUGGCCGCUUCACACCCGGCAAUUUCACCAAUUACAUCACCCGGUCGUUCAAGGAGCCCCGUCUGAUCGUUGUCAACGAUUCGCGAACUGACGGCCAAGCCGUGCGAGAGUCAUCUUACUCCAACAUCCCCGUCAUCGCGCUCUGCGACACCGACGCCUCGCUCAAGUUUGUAGACGUAGCCAUCCCAGGCAACAACAAGAGCAAGCACUCUAUCGGUCUGCUCUGGUGGCUUCUCGCCCGAGAAGUCCUGCGCAUCCGUGGCACUAUCCCCCGCCAGGAACAAUGGGCGACAAUGCCCGACAUGUUCUUCUUCCGUGAUCCCGAAGACGUCGAGCGUGAAGCUCAGCAAGAAGCAGGCAACAAGGUCGACGAGGAGGGUGCAGCUGCACCAGCAGCAAUCGAGCCUGACUGGCAAGUAUCCGGCAACGCCGGUCUUGCUGCCGCCGCCACCUCUGGUAUCGGCGGUAACGUCGACUCUGGCCUCGACUGGGCCGCAGAUGCCAGUCAGUCUUUCUUGAGCGUAUUGCAAACAUGCGCUGAUCUGGAUCCACAGCUACUACUGACUGGGCUGCACCAGAAGCUCAACAAGGCGCCGGAUUCGAGCGUGUCGCACCCGGCGCGCCCUCUCAAAACGUUGCUCAGUGGUAGAUACUCUGGCGAAUGA